AUGGCUCGAGACUUAGUUGUAAGUCAUUCAACGUUACAACGAGUUGUUAAAAAUGAGCUCAAGUUAACAGCAUACAAGCUGCGAAAAGCACAGCGGUUGGAUGAUAAAGAUAAAAAAAUACGCCUUGAAAGAUGUCGCUUACUGAAAGCGCGCUCCGCUGGUGAAGCGUGGAAAAAUAUUUUUUUCACAGAUGAAAUUUUUUUUCAAAUUGAGCAGUCUCAUAACCACCAAAACGAUAGAGUUUACUCUUCUAGUCAUCCUGGAGCCACAGCAAUUAUCCCCCAUCGGCAAAAACCGGAUUCAGUCCUGGUUUGGCGUGGCAUUUGCUCAACAGGCAAAACGCCUCUCGUUUUCGUAAAAAAAGGUGUGAAAGUGAAUCAAGAAAUAUACCAACGCGAUAUUUUGGAGAGUCUAGUUCUUCCUUGGAGCCAGCAGCACUUCGGUGACCAACCGUGGACUUUUCAACAGGACUCUGCUCCAUCUCACAGGGCCUCAAAUGUGCAGUAG